ACAGACACAGCCAGAGCACUGAGAGAUAUCAGGAAUUGAGUGAAUAAGGGAACCUUCUUCCUGAGCACAGACAUUGGAGCCUGUUAUCAGCAUGAACUCAUAUGUGUUAGACAAACACUUGAAUAGUUCAUAUCCAUCCUUCACUAUAGGAAGCAUCAGAAUGUUACCGCAAACUCCAAAAGUCUUAGACACUAAUGACUAUUCACAAACAUUGGGGAUAUCACAGCAGGUAUUUAGAGAGGAUGGUGACUUGGCAGGAACUGGGCAGCAAUCAUUAUGUACAGAGAGUAAUUUAGUCAUCAAAGAAGAGGACAACAUUUAUGACUUUUCUAGUGAAAUGAUUAUCCCAGAGGAUAAACCACACACAUUUACUGAGUACUCAAAAGAUAUUAAAGAAUGGAAAAGUCUACAGUCUAGCCAAAUGAUGCAUUCAAAGGAAAAAACUUUCAAAUGUACAGAAUGUGAGAAAAGCUUUAGAUGCAAGUCUCAUCUACUGGAACACUACAAAAUUCACACAGGUGAGAAACCACACACAUGUACUGAGUGCAGCAAAUGUUUUACACGAAUAGAACAUCUGAAAACUCAUGAAAGGAUUCACACAGGGGAAAAGCCUUUCACAUGCACAGAGUGUGGAAAAAGUUUUCCACUAAAGAGUGAUCUGAGAACUCAUGAAAGGAUUCACACAGGGGAAAAGCCGUUCACAUGUACAGAGUGUGGAAAAAGUUUUACAGAAAUGAGUAGACUGAAAACUCAUGAAAGGAUUCACACAGGGGAAAAGCCUUUCACAUGUACAGAGUGUGGGAAAAGUUUUCCACGAAAGAGUAGUCUGAAAGCUCAUGAAAGAAUUCACACAGGGGAAAAGCCGUUCACAUGUACAGAGUGUGGAAAAAGUUUUACAGAAAUGAGUAGUCUGAAAUAUCAUGAAAGGAUUCACACAGGGGAAAAGCCUUUCACAUGUACAGAGUGUGGGAAAAGUUUUCCACUAAAGAGAGAUCUGAGAACUCAUGAAAUGAUUCACACAGAGGAAAAGCCUUUCACAUGUACAGAGUGUGGAAAAAGUUUUCCACUAAAGAGUAGUCUGAAAACUCAUGAAAGGAUUCACACAGGGGAAAAGCCGUUCACAUGUACAGAGUGUGGGAAAAGUUUUCCACUAAAGAGAGAUCUGAGAACUCAUGAAAUGAUUCACACAGGGGUAAAGCCUUUCACAUGUACAGAGUGUGGGAAAAGUUUUCCACUAAAGAGAGAUCUGAGAACUCAUGAAAUGAUUCACACAGGGGAAAAGCCUUUCACAUGUACAGAGUGUAGAAAAAGUUUUCCACUAAAGAGUAGUCUGAAAAGGCAUGAAAGGAUUCACACAGGGGAAAAGCCGUUCACAUGUACAGAGUGUGGAAAAAGUUUUCCACUAAAGAGUAGUCUGAAAAGGCAUGAAAGGAUUCACACAGGGGAAAAGCCGUUCACAUGUACAGAGUGUGGGAAAAGUUUUAGACGAAAGACGCAUCUGAAAACUCAUGAAAUGAUUCACACAGGGGAAAAGCCUUUCAUAUGUACAGAGUGUGGAAAAAGUUUUACACGAAUGAAUCGUCUGAAAUAUCAUGAAAUAAUUCACACAGGAGAAAAGCCUUUCACAUGUACAAAGUGUGAAAAAAGUUUUCUACAUAUGAGUAGUCUGAAAACUCAUGAAAUGAUUCACACAGGGGAAAAGCUUUUCACAUGUACAGAGUGUGGAAAAAGUUUUACACGAAUGGAUCUUCUGAAAACUCAUGAAAGGAGUCACACAGGGGAAAAGCCUUUCACAUGUACAGAGUGUGGGAAAAGUUUUCCACGAAAGAGUAGUCUGAAAGCUCAUGAAAGAAUUCACACAGGGGAAAAGCCGUUCACAUGUACAGAGUGUGGGAAAAGUUUUCCACUAAAGAGAGAUCUGAAAACUCAUGAAAUGAUUCACACAGGGGAAAAGCCGUUCACAUGUACAGAGUGUGGAAAACGUUUUACAGAAAUGAGUAGACUGAAAACUCAUGAAAGGAUUCACACAGGGGAAAAGCCUUUCACAUGUACAGAGUGUGGGAAACAGUGUGGAAUUUUUUUUACACAAAAGAGUCAUCUGAAAAGUCAUGAAAGGAUUCACACAGGGGAAAAGCCUUUCACAUGUACAGAGUGUGGAAAAAGUUUUACACAAAAGAGUAGUCUGAAAACUCAUGAAAGAAUUCACACAGGGGAAAAGCCAUUCACAUGCACAGAGUGUGGAAAAAGUUUUACAGAAAUGAGUAGUCUGAAAUAUCAUGAAAGGAUUCACACAGGAGAAAAGCCUUUCACAUGUACAGAGUGUGGAAAAAGUUUUACAGAAAUGAGUAGUCUGAAAUAUCAUGAAAAGAUUCACACAGGGGAAAAGCCUUUCAGAUGUACAGAGUGUGGAAAAAGUUUUCCACAAAAGAGUAGUCUGAAAACUCAUGAAAGAAUUCACACAGGAGAAAAGCCUUUCACAUGUACAGAGUGUGGAAAAAGUUUUACAGAAAUAAGUAGUUUGAAAUAUCAUGAAAGGAGUCACACAGGAGAAAAGCCUUUCACAUGUACAGAGUGUGGAAAAAGUUUUCAACAAAAGAGUGAUCUCAAAAAGCAUGAAAAGAUUCACACAGGAGAAAAGCCGUUCACAUGUACAGAGUGUGGAAAAAGUUUUACACAAAAGAGAAAUCUGAAAACUCAUGAAAGGAUUCACACAGGGGAAAAGCCUUUCACAUGUACAGAGUGUGGAAAAGGUUUUACACAAAAGAGUGAUCUUAAAAAUCAUGAAAGGAUUCACACAGGGGAAAAGCCUUUCACAUGUACAGAGUGUGGAAAAAGUUUUCCACAAAAGAGUAGUCUGAAAUAUCAUGAAAGGAGUCACACAGGAGAAAAGCCUUUCACAUGUACAGAGUGUGGAAAAAGUUUUACAGAAAUGAGUAGUCUGAAAUAUCAUGAAAGGAGUCACACAGGAGAAAAGCCUUUCACAUGUACAGAAUGUGGAAAAAGUUUUCCACAAAAGAGUGAUCUGAAAAAGUAUGAAAAGAUUCACACAGGAGAAAAGCCGUUCAUUUGUACAGAGUGUGGAAAAAGUUUUACACAAAAGAGAAAUCUGAGAACUCAUAAAAGGAUUCACACAGGGGAAAAGCCUUUCACAUGUACAGAGUGUGGAAAAAGUUUUACACAAAAGAGUGAUCUGAAAAAGCAUGAAAAUAUUCACACAGGAGAAAAGCCGUUCACAUGUACAGAGUGUGGAAAAAGUUUUACACAAAAGAGAUAUCUGAAAACUCAUGAAAGGAUUCACACAGGGGAAAAGCUGUUCACAUGUACAGAGUGUGGAAAAAGUUUUACACGAAUGGAUCGUCUGAAAACUCAUGAAAGGAGUCACACAAGAGAAAAACCUUUCACAUGUACAGAGUGUGGAAAUUUUUUUACACAAAUGGAUAAUCUUAAAACUCAUGAAAAGAUUCACAAGGGAAGAAACCUUACACAUAUUUAGAAAAUAGGGGAAAAAAAAUUGACAUCCGGUAUCACAAAACACCAAAUAUUUACACACAAAUAAACUUUAUAUGCACAGUUUACAACCCUUUUUACAAUUAUCCUAAAGAGGACAAACUCUCUAAAUAGAAGCAACAAAAAGGAUCCUAUUGUAGAUAAUAUUUACUAAAUCCCAGUUAUAAAAGCCUCAGAUUGGAAGUGCUCUACUGCUGUACUUUGUUCCCCAGUGUUGUUUAUUAAUAUGCCAGUGUUAGGAGUUGUAUGCUUGA